CCGAUCAUCCGGUGAACUUUCAUGACCGAACCGUUCACAUCCGUGAUCGGAACGAAGUGUUAGUCCCAUGUACGGUCGCGACCCCUCACACUUCGACUGCUUGUCACAUGGUUUCCGUUGCGAGAGUUCGCGACGCCAUAGCUCAGAAUGAGGUUGAGGAGAUGGGUCUUGUAUUCUUGCAUGCUCUCCCCUCGUCGGACGGACCAGCCGCGUCACCGCCGGACCCACGCAUUUCUCACCUCUUGGACGAGUAUAGAGACGUCUUCGAGGCUCCGACCGGAACGGUUCCGGAUCAGCCCAUACGUCACGGGAUCACUCUCGAGGCUGGCGCCAUUCCUCCGCGUGGAUGCAUCUACCGCAUGAGCAAAGAGGAACUCGAGGUGCUCCACGCACAACUCGAUGAUCUUCUCGACAAGGGCUGGAUUCGCCCUAGUUAUUCACCUUACGGUGCCCCUGUUCUCUUCGUCCGGAAGAAGAACAAAGAUCUACAGUUAUGCAUCGAUUAUCGCAAACUUAACGCACAAACCGUAAAGAACGCCGGCCCUCUCCCUCGAAUUGAUGAUCUCCUUGAGCGGUUAGGCGGCGCAACGUACUUCUCGAAGUUGGACUUGAAGUCGGGUUACCACCAGAUUGAAAUCCUGCCUCAAGAUCGGUACAAGAUCGCGUUCAAGACGCGGUACGGGCAUUUUGAGUGGGUCGUCAUGCCAUUUGGCCUCACCAAUGCCCCCGCGACUUUCCAAGCAGCUAUGACGACUGAGUUUCGCGACUUGCUCGAUCGCAGCGUCCUCAUCUACCUUGAUGACAUCUUGGUUUAUAGUAGGACGUUGGACGAGCACAUCGUACACCUUCGAGCUGUUUUGGAUCGUUUGCGACUAGCCAAAUACAAAGCGAAUCUCGACAAGUGUGAGUUCGCCAAGCAGGAGCUUGAGUUCUUGGGUCAUUUUGUCACGCCGAAAGGCAUUCGUCCCUUAGCAGACAAGAUCCAAGCCAUCGUGGAUUGGACGGAACCCCGUUGCACGACGGAUGUACGCUCUUUCAUGGGUUUGGCUGGAUAUUAUCAGCGAUUCGUCGAGUCAUACUCGAAAGUGGCCGCUCCUUUGUCGAGACUUCAGUCCCCGAAGGUGCCCUUCGAGUUCGACGACGCAGCCCGUGGCACGUUCACUACAUUGAAGGCAGCAAUGCAAGCCGCACCUGCCCUCCGUAUAUACGACCCCACCAUUCCCACCCAAGUGACUACGGACGCUUCGGGAUACGGUAUUGGUGCGGUGUUGGAACAGUGUCACGAGGACGGUUGGCAUCCGGUCGAGUAUUUCUCCCAAAAGGUGUCUCUCGUCAACACUCUCGACGGCGCUAGGAAGAAAGAGCUACUCGCGUUCGUCACCGUUCUCAAACGGUGGCGCCACUUUCUUCUCGGUCGUCGGCGUUUUAAAUGGAAUACGGAUAACAAUCCGUUGACAUUUUACAAAACGCAGGACACGGUCACUAGUACGAUCGGUCGAUGGAUGUAUUACAUCGACCAGUUCGACUUUGACCCGUGCCACAUUCCUGGUCCCGCCAAUCGAGCUGCGAAUGCCCUCUCACGACGGCCCGAUUUUUGUGCCAUUGUGAACAAGGCAUUCGACCUCGAUGACGAUCUGCAGCAGCAUUUCGUCAAAGGCUACAAGUCCGAUCCGACUUACUCUACACUUUACGCAGAGCUUUCAUCAGAUCACCCGCCGGCUAGCCACUAUCGGAUUUCCGACGGGUUCCUUCUCCUUCACACGAGAGGAAAGGACUUGUUAGUUGUGCCCCAAGAUCGCAUCUUACGGACUCGUCUUCUCGACGAAUUCCACGACGCACGACUUUCGGCACACCUUGGCGUGAACUGCACAUUAGCACGGCUCCGCCAACGUUUUCACUGGCCUGACGUCCUUCAUGACGUCACGAGGUACAUUGAGUCAUGUGCAGUUUGCCACCGUAACAAGGGUCGAUCUUGAGUCCCCUUCGGCGAACUGAAACCAUUGCCGAUUCCUCGGGCACCGCGCCUCUCCAUUGCUAUGGACGUG